AUGCAGAUCGUAGCGUCAAUCGUUAUACAAUUUGUGCUGGUCGUACUCGCACUAGCGAUCACUGUCUUACGAUGCUACAUCCGCAUAUUCCUCGAACGCCGCACGCUGACCCUCCCGGACUAUUUUGUCUGGGGAGGAUGGUUCAGCACCCUCGGUUUCUGCAUAGGGUCGAUCAUAGCUCUCAACAUACAGAUAAAGCAUCCACUGGUCGAACCUGACCUCUUGACAGAUUCGGUCGCUUAUCUGAAGACGGUGUUCAUAAUGUGCUAUUUCUUCAACUUCGGACUGUACUUCCCGAAGGUGUCCUUAGUCGCGUUCUACUGGUGGUUGAUCCCGCUUGGUUUCCGACGUCUUCGAAUUGCUGUCUACGUAGGCGCAGCGUAUGUAGGAUGCUGCUUUAUCGCGACUUUGUUGUCAGACACGUUACAUGCUCCGCGGAUUUCAGACAACUGGUCGAUAGAAAAUCAGCUGAAUUCCACCUGGAACUCGUACAUCACCUUUGCUAUCAAUUGGUCCAUGAACUGGUCCACUGACCUCCUUUUGUUCAUUCUUCCCUUCUUCAUAGUCAACUGCCUCAAGCUGCGCAAGCGCCAGAAGAUUGCCCUCUGCGGAGUGUUCUCGAUCGGUCUAAUCACCAUUGCGAUCAGUCUGGCACGUUUCAUCGUGUAUACGGUGACGGAUUAUAAUGUCGACGACGCAUCUGGCAACCUUUGGUGUACAGCCGAAAUGUGCACAGCAACCAUCGUCGUCUCCUUGCCCUCCCUCAAAGCCCUCAUCGUUCGCUCCUCAUCAAAUAACACCACAUACCCCCGCAGCACCAAUGGUUACAUGCAACACGCCGGCUCUAAGCCUUUCAGCAACCACGGAGUAUCCAUAUCGCAUGUUCAAGGUGUCAGAAUCAGCGAUGACGAAUUGGAGCUUGUCUUUCAGGGAUCUCGGAACCCAUCUCGAGCAACAAGUUCGACCAGACCGGAAGAUGCGAAAGAUAAUGUGAUAGUUACGACAGAAUGGAACGUAACGACCCAUGCUGUAUGA